CAACCUCAAUGAUGACGGCGUUGGAGCUGCUGUUGACAGCUAUACACACCAACAACAAGCAACAUCUGCAAUACACUUUUGACCUUGUGAUUCGGCAAGUCAGCGCUUGCUUCUUAGCUUGACGACUCCCUUUUGCGACGCAGGACGAACCGCUAGUUGCUCAAGUUACAUCCGACUCGCAAUUUCUCUCCUUAUCUAUAUAGUCUUUUCAUUCGUGAUCAAAUCAUAUUUAGUAAAAGGAUUGCACCCCAGCUUGCGCAGAUGACGUCCACUCACCAGGACUCGUCCACGUCUGCUUCGGCCCCGGCUUUUUACAACUAUCCUCAGCCCAGGGCCGGCCCUUCGAUACCAUAUGACAACCCCAAAAAGUCCAACCCUGUUGUCAGAGGUUAUCCGCUGAGCAUAGGUGCCAUUGCUAUCUCUUCAUUGAACUUUGUGCAAAACUACCUGUGGAGCAACGCUGGCUUCGACGCUCUGCGCUCCAUUGCCAUCCUCGACUCCAUCCAACCCCGGUAUGACCCCACAGUCGUUCCCAUUAGCCAGCCCUCGGAGCUGCAUACCUCUGCAACCAAUGGAUUUAGCUCGGUGCAACGAGAGGGUAGCAAAAAAAUUUAUCACUCGGUAGCCGAUUUCCACGAGGCAUACACUUCGGGCAAGCUCACGCCAACUGCCGUGGCAGAAGCACUGCUUCCCUUAAUUCGACGUGAUGGCCCCAAACCGGGAGAGCAUUCUACAGCGUUCCUGGAAACAAAUACCGAGCUGGUCCUCAAGGCCGCCAAAGAAUCAACAGAGCGAUACAAAGCCGGGAAGCCUCUUGGACAGCUUGAUGGCAUACCGGUGGCUGUAAAGGACGAGGUAGACUUGUUUGGCUAUUCCAAAUGCCUCGGAACGGCGCGUGAUUUUACAAAUAAAGAUGGCGCAACGAGCUGGUGCGUCAAGAAAUGGGAGGAGCAAGGCGUAGUAAUCCUUGGAAAGCUCAAUAUGCAUGAACUCGGAUUAGACACUACAAAUAACAACCCGAUCAAAGGCACGCCAUUGAAUCCGCACAACAAUCAUUACUAUACCGGCGGCUCCUCUGGCGGCACCGCCUAUGCAAUCAGUGCGGGGUUGGUUCCCUUCGCACUCGGUGCCGAUGGUGGAGGUAGCAUCCGUAUCCCCGCCAACUACUGCGGCAUCUACGGUCUAAAACCCUCACAUGGACGAGUGUCCAUCCGACCAACUCCCAGCCUUGCCGCGUCUACCGGCGUGGCAGGCCCCCUAGCCAACUGCAUGGCCGACCUGGAAAUCGCAUACCGCGUCCUGGCGACUCCAGACUCCGGAAACCCAUCGUCGGCGCUUUUCCCUGCCGCAGGCCACUCGAGCCAGGCGCAGCAGAACCAGAGCAAGAAGACCAUCGGUAUCUGCAAGGACUGGUACUCACGUGCUGAACCAGAAGUCCGCGAAGCUUGCUCCGCCGCCGUGCAGUUCCUGGAGAAAGAGCUCGGCUACCAAGUCAUUGACAUCUCCAUUCCCUAUCUGCCCGAAGGCCAACUGGCACAUGCCAUGACCAUUCUGUCAGAGAUCGCAUCCGUCAUCAAGGGCAACGUCAAGGGCCUGACUGCGCCGAACAAAGUCCUCAUCAGCGUCGGCUCCAAGACCCCCGCUAUUGACUUUUUGCAGGCGCAGAAACUCCGCUGCCUGAUCAUGGAGCAUCUGGCUCAUCUCUUCCAGACGCACCCUGGCCUGCUCAUCGUCACGCCCACCACGCCCAACCCGGGCUGGCACAUCUCUGGCGGCCCCGGCGAUCUCAAGCACGGCGUCAGCGACGGAAACAUGUCCAUGCGCAACAUGGAGUACGUCUGGCUGGCUAAUUUCACCGGUCUGCCCAGCCUCAGCGCCCCAGUCGGAUACGCUCGUCCGCUCAAGGGCGAGGGCCAGAUACCCAUUGGCAUCAUGGUCACAGCGGAGUGGGGCGCCGAAGACGCUCUGAUUGAGUGUGGGAAACACCUGGAGAACUAUCUUCAUUCGAAGCUACCAGGCGGACAGAAUCAGCCCGCUACGUGGGUUGAUGUUUUUGAAAGGGCGUCCCAAGCUACGUCAUAGCAUGUCUAUGUAUUAAAUCACUAAGGUACCUUAUCUGCAUGUUUUUUCUUUUCUUUUUCAUUUUUUUUUUUUUUGGAUGGGAUACGGGAUAUGAAAACUUAAUUUAUGUAGAGAGGCAAUCUUAAUAAAAAAUCAUUGGAGC